AUGGCUCCCAACACCACCCCAUCGUCCGGCGACGUCUCCCGCGAGGGCUCUGUCCUCGACGCGCCGCUCAACCUCCCCGUUCACCCCACGGCGGCCCGCCGUCCGACGGAUUCGAUCACCGUCCAGGGCCCCAACACGACCUACACCGAGGACCACAUCACCUCCCGCUUUGUCAACCGCGGUGCCGAUGUCGUCGUCCAGCAGGAAGGCCGCUUCCUCGUGCAGCCGAACCAGACCGCGUACGACUUCCGUACGACGCGCAAGGUCCCCAAGACUGGCCUGAUGAUGGUCGGUCUCGGCGGCAACAACGGCACGACUCUCACGGCGACCAUCCUCGCAAACCGCCACAACAUCUCGUGGCACACCAAGUCGGGCGUUCAGUCGCCCAACUACCUCGGCUCGCUGCUCCGCGCGUCGACCGUGCGCCUCGGCCUCGACGCCAACAACAAGGACAUCUAUGCGCCUCUCGCGGACCUGCUCCCGAUGGUCCACCCCAACGACCUCGUUCUCGGCGGCUGGGACAUCUCUGGUUUCACCAUGGACAAGGCCAUGGAGCGUGCUCAGGUUCUCGAGUACGAUCUCCAGCGUCAGGUCGCCCCGUACAUGCGCGAGAUGGGUGCCCCGCUCCCGUCGGUCUACUACGCGGACUACAUCGCUGCCAACCAGGCGGAGCGUGCCGACAACGUCCUUCCCGGCUCGGACAAGCAGGCGCAUGUUGAGCAGAUCCGCAAGGACAUCCGCGACUUCAAGGCCAAGCAUGAGCUCGACCAGAUCAUCGUCUUCUGGACCGCUAACACUGAGCGCUACUCCGACAUCGUCCCCGGCGUCAACGACAAGGCCGAUGCUCUUCUCGAGUCCAUCAAGAGCUCCCACUCCGAGAUCGCCCCGAGCACCGUCUUCGCCGUCGCUUCGAUUCUCGAGGGCGUUCCUUUCAUCAACGGCGCGCCCCAGAACACCUUCGUUCCUGGUGUGAUCGAGCUCGCUGAGCGCACCGGCUCGUUCAUUGGCGGUGAUGACCUCAAGUCCGGCCAGACGAAGCUCAAGUCCGUGCUCGCUGAGUUCCUCGUCAACGCUGGUAUCAAGCCGCUCUCCAUCGCGAGCUACAACCAUCUUGGCAACAACGAUGGCUGGAACCUCUCGCAGGAGGCGCAGUUCAAGUCGAAGGAGAUCUCCAAGAGCUCGGUCGUUGACGACAUGGUCGCGUCGAACAACUUGCUCUACAAGACCGCCGCGCAGCUCAAGGCCGAUGGCACUGUGCUCCCGAAGGGCAAGGACGGCUCCAAGGGCGAGCACCCUGACCAUCUCGUCGUCAUCAAGUACAUGCCCGCCGUUGGCGACUCGAAGCGCGCGAUCGACGAGUACUACUCCGAGAUCAUGGGCGGUGGCCGCAGCACGAUCUCGAUCUUCAACGAGUGCGAGGACUCGCUGCUCGCGACGCCCCUCAUCCUCGACCUCUCGAUCCUCGCUGAGCUCCUUACGCGCAUCCAGUACCGCAAGGCCGACGAGGCUGAGGCGAAGGACUUCAAGCCGCUGUACCCCGUCCUCAGCUUGCUCAGCUACAUGCUCAAGGCGCCGCUCGUCAAGCCCGGCACGGACGUCGUCAACUCGCUUUCGCGCCAGCGCAACGCGCUCGAGACGUUCCUCAAGGCUUGCAUCGGCAUUGAGGGUAGCUCUGACCUUCUCCUCGAGACGCGUAUUUGGUAG